AUGCCGCCAGUCGCUCUAACCAUAUCCCGACUGUUGCGACAACAGGCACAGUCCAUAACAACAAGAUCCCUGGUGCGACAACCGCUUCUCCAGCAGCAACAGCGCACAAUAAUAUCACAGCAAUUCUCUCAAUCUUCGAGACGAGUCGCCCAAUCCAGACCUUCAUUACAUACCCGGAAACCGUUCAAUCAUCCUUCCAAACAACCGAAACAAAAACGCUUCUCGUCAUCCACCAGCACAAAUGAAACCGCGCACCACCAAUCCCAACAACAACAGACAAAACAACAAUCCCAAUCCUUCUCCCAGCGCAUGAAAACCCUCUCCCGCGAAUACGGCUGGKCAGCACUAGGCGUCUACCUCGCGCUCUCUGCGCUGGAUUUCCCUUUCUGUUUCGCGGCUGUGCGAUUAUUUGGCGUCGAGCGAAUUGGGCACUACGAGCAUGUAGUUGUCGAAGAGGCGAAGAAGCUUUUUUAUUCUGUUGUGCCGAUUGAGAGGGCGACGUUAGAGGGAGAGACUGCUGAUGCUGAUGCUGCUGAAGCUAGGGAGAAACUUAGCGAUGAAGGAGCUAGCAUAUGGACACAACUCGCAAUAGCAUACGCAGUCCACAAGAGCUUAAUCUUCUUCCGCGUCCCGCUCACAGCCGCCGUGACGCCCAAAGUCGUCAAAACGUUGCGAAGCUGGGGCUGGAAUAUCGGCAAAAAGACUCCCAAGGCUGCUAAAUAG